GAAUACAGCCAAGAGGGCCACACAUGGUAACACCUGCUAUCAAAUAUCAAAAGGUAAUUAUAUCCUGGUUUUUGUCCGUUCCUUCCCCAACACAAUGAUGAUUCCCUUAGAUGACGAGUCUUAUUGGAGUUAUCCAUGCAGACAACAUCUUUUUUUUAACCAUUCAUGCAUUUCUGAUAUGGUUGUUGCGAGAAUCUUUGCAUCUCGAAUCUCUACUGGACGUGGCUGACUCGCAACUUGAUAGAUAUUGUCAAUUCCAGUGUGCCUGGGUUAGCCCUGCCUGGGUGAAAGAGGUUUAAGUAUGUCACACUGCCUCUUCCCUUUGCCUGGCUUCCUUGCAUGAUGAUACGACAUAAAACAAAGACAAGCAU